AACUAGUAGAUUUUAGUAUGCCGUCGCCUUUGAGUUGAAACUUGUCGACUGCUGCGCUAACUCCGAUUCAACAUGGCUGAUUAUUUUCAACUGUUAAGUGCGUUUGCCGUAGUGUUUCUGGCUUUAUAUUACUAUUUUACGUUGACCUUUGACUUCUGGAAGGAUCGUGGCGUGAAUGGACCGCAGCCAGUUCCUGUAUUUGGCAAUAUCAAAGACAUCAUCAUGGGAAAAUGCGCAUUAGGAACUUAUACAAUGAAACUUUAUAACGAGUACAAAAAUGAACCUAUGGUUGGAAUAUUUGUUAGAAGAUCACCCCAUCUUGUAUUGAUUGAUCUGGAUCGUAUUAAGGAUGUCUUAAUUAAGGACUUUUCGACGUUCAGCAAUCGAGCAACUCUCAUAUUCGAAAGGACCGAACCCUUAUCUGCACAUCUUUUCAACUUAGAAACAGAAAGAUGGCGACCAUUGAGAACAAGGCUCUCACCAGUAUUCACAUCUGGAAAAAUCAAGGAUAUGUUCCCUCUAAUACUCGAAUGCUCCAAUCAACUUAAAGAGUGUUUAGAAAAGAUAGUUGAAAAAGAUGGACUUUUGGAUUGUCGCGAAAUAGCAGCAAGAUUUACAACUGAUGUGAUAGGAAGCUGCGCUUUCGGAAUUAGUAUGAACGCGUUAUCAGAUGAAGAAAGUGAAUUUCGACGAAUGGGAAAACAGAUUUUUAAGAGCAACCUUGCGACGAUGUUAAAAGGUAGUUUUAAAGAAGCUAUGCCAGAGUUGUAUAAUACACUUGGCUUUGUACUACCGCAUACUGAAAUGACUAAAUUUUUAACGACGAUCGUCUCAGAAACGAUUAAGUAUAGAAAAGAGCAUAAUAUUGUCAGGCCGGAUUUUAUAAAUUUACUAAUAGACUUGAAGGACAAUCCACAUAAAUUGGAGAACAUCGAGUUAACGGACACUCUACUCGCCGCGCAAGCUUUCGUUUUCUUCGCAGCUGGCUUUGAAACUUCUUCAACUACAAUUGGACAUGCUCUGUAUGAAAUGGCUUUGAAUCAUGAUAUACAGGACAAACUACGACAAGAAAUAAAUGAAUUUUUUGCCAAAAAUAAAGGAAACUGGACGUACGACGACGUGAAAGGAAUGAGUUACUUGGACAAAGUAUUUAAAGAAACACUUAGGAAGUAUCCACCAGGUCUGCUUCUAAGAAGAAAAAGCAUCAACAACUAUACCUUCAGUGGUACGAAAGUAUCCAUUCCUAAGGAUACUGCUGUGCUCAUUCCAGUGUACGCCAUUCACAAAGAUCCUAACAUCUAUCCAGAUCCCGAGGUUUACGAUCCUGAAAGAUUUAACGAGGAUGCAGUAGCUGCGCGACACCCUAUGGCUUUCCUGCCUUUCGGCGAUGGACCAAGAAAUUGCAUUGGUGCACGUUUCGCAGUUUACCAGACUAAAAUUGGAUUAAUACAAAUGCUGAAAAAUUUCAAAGUCGACGUUUGUGAUGAAACACUAAUUCCAUACGUUCAGCAUCCGACGUCCCGAGUGUUUGCUCCAAUAAGGAGUAUUAUUUUGAAAAUAAGUAAAGUGUGAAGUUAAAUCGUGAAUACGUGAAUCUGUAUAACUGAAAUAUGCAAUAGUGUACAAUUUUUUAGUUUAGAAAUAAAUUAAGUGUUUGAAAAUA